CCGGGGUCGGGGCGGCGGAGUUGGGGGCGGAUGCUGCUCGGGCUGGACACCCUCCGGGAAGAAUCGGAUCGGCCCGCGCGGAGGAGGAGGAGGAGGAGAAGGAGGAGGAAGCUCGGCGGCCCGGGACGAGAGUGUCUCCCACUUGAAGGGGACAACAGGGUCCUGUGUGAUGCCCCAGAGCUGAAAGUUGGCGGCCACCCUGAGGAGCCUCAAGACACCCUCCGUCCCCAUGGAGAAAGGAGUCACUUUGCCCCAGGACUGCCGGGACUUUGUGAACAGCCUGAAGAUGAGGAGCAAAUAUGCCCUUUUCCUGGCCUUCGUGGUGGUAGUUUUUGUCUUCAUUGAAAAGGAAAAUAAAAUCAUAUCCAGGGUCUCCGACAGGCUGAAGCAGAUCCCCCAGCCAGUGACAGACGCCAACAGCACCGACCCAGGCCUGCUCUUGGCUGACAACGCGUCCCUCUUGUCCCUGAGCGAGCUGGAUUCGGCCUUCUCCGAGCUGCGGAGCCGUCUGCACAACCUCAGCGUGCAGCUGGGCGUGGAGCCAGCGGUGGGAGAGGCCCGGGGGAGGAAGGAGGAGGUGGCCGCAGAGCCGUCCCAGCCGGCCCUGGCUGGGCAUCAGCGACGCCACGUGCUGCUCAUGGCCACUACCCGCACGGGCUCGUCGUUCGUGGGCGAGUUCUUCAACCAGCAGGGCAAUAUCUUCUACCUCUUCGAGCCCCUGUGGCACAUCGAGCGCACGGUGUCCUUCGACGCCGGGGGCGGCGGCGCCAACGCCGCGGGCUCGGCGCUGGUCUACCGCGAUGUGCUCAAGCAGCUGUUCCUCUGCGACCUGUACGUGCUGGAGCCCUUCAUCAGCCCGCAGCCCGAGGACCACCUGACCCCCGUGCUGUUCCGCCGGGGCUCCAGCCGCUCGCUGUGCGAGGAGCCCGUGUGCACGCCCUUCGUCAAGAAGGUCUUCGAGAAGUACCACUGCAAGAGCCGCCGCUGCGGGCCCCUCAACGUGACCCUGGCCGCCGAGGCCUGCCGCCGCAAGGACCACAUGGCCCUCAAGGCCGUGCGCAUCCGCCAGCUGGAGUUCCUGCAGCCGCUGGCCGAGGACCCGAGGCUGGACCUGCGCGUCAUCCAGCUGGUGCGCGAUCCCCGGGCCGUGCUGGCUUCCCGCAUGGUGGCCUUCGCGGGCAAGUACGAGAGCUGGAAGAAGUGGCUGUCCGACGACGACGGGCGGGACCGGCUGCGGGAAGAGGAGGUGCAGAGGCUGCGGGGCAACUGCGAGAGCAUCCGCCUGUCGGCCGAGCUGGGCCUGCGGCAGCCCGCCUGGCUGCGCGGCCGCUACAUGCUGGUGCGCUAUGAGGAUGUGGCGCGCAGGCCGCUGCAGAAGGCGCGCGAGAUGUACCGCUUCGCGGGCAUCCCCCUGACCCAGCAGGUGGAGGACUGGAUCCAGAAGAACACCCAGGCGGCCCGCGACGGCAGCGGCAUCUACUCCACGCAGAAGAACUCCUCGGAGCAGUUCGAGAAGUGGCGUUUCAGCAUGCCCUUCAAGCUGGCCCAGGUCGUGCAGACAGCAUGCGGCGCCACCAUGCGCCUCUUCGGCUACAAGCUGGCCAGGGACGCCGCCUCGCUCACCAACCGCUCCGUCAGCCUGCUGGAGGAACGGGGCACCUUCUGGGUCACGUAGUGGGGUCUGGGACCACUGUGGAAAGCCCACCCUGCCUUCCUCACAGAACCUAGGCUGGCAGUGAGCUCACAGCCCUGGCACAGGGCAGUGGGGAAGCUGUGGUUGGGGAGGUGAGUGGGGGUGGGGAGGGCGCAGCAGACCCCUUCCCAACCAGCUAGCUUGCCAGUGGAGCUGGGAUUCCUCCAAGAACGGGGCUGUGCCCUGUCCUCUCCACAGCGUGGUUCACACCCCACCUUAGGGUCUGCCAAUGUCCUGAGCAGGCCUGGGCAGUCCUGCCUAUUAACAAAACUCCCUGGCACGUUCUCUCUCUCUCUCUCCUCUCUCUCUCUCUUUCUCCCUCUUUCUUUCUCCCUCUCUCUAACACACAGAAAUAUACAUGAAACACACAGUAAGGCCUGCAGGCUAUGUGGGCCGGAGUCCAGAGACUGAAGAUUUAAUAACCACAAGACGUACAAACCCUGGCCAGUCACUCAGACACCCCGCUAUUCUCAGCCUUAACCGUUUCCUCUCUGAGUGCAUAGAAGCCUGGGAUGGGGGGCGUCUUUGCAAGAGGAUAGGGCAGCCCAGAGUGAAGAAGGGGGUAUUUGAAGCUCUCCAAUCAGCACAAAAUGAUUUGACUAGCCAUGCUGGUUAUGAAUAUCAGCCCUGUGUAGAGCAAGGGUGUAUGGCUCAGUGGUAGAGGGCUUGCCUAGCAUGUUUAAGGCCCUGGGUUCGAUCCCCAGCACCACAAACGAGAAGUAAAACAAGACACGCAUGCAACGGCAACAACAAAAAGACAUAUAUACAUGUAACGCCCUGCACAGAGAUAGAAAGGGAACGCACCUGCAUCCACGCAGGUGCGAAAAAUGCCUCCCCGCUUUAUGUCUACGGAAUUUCUCUGUAUCACACGCCUAAAGAGGAGCCUCUUAUUUAUAUAUUAGUUUUAGGAUUAUUUGGAGGGGUAGAGGAAGGACACACGUUCAAGUUUAAUGACACCAUUCCCUGACCAGAGCUGGGACUGGUCACCCCCGAGGGUCUGGGAUUCUCGUGGCUACCUCCUCUGACCCAUCCAUGUGGCACAGCUGGCAGGCCGGGUGUUCAGAGAUGGCAUGGCCAGCCACCACUGUCCAGAGGCCCCACCCAGCUCACCACCCAGCAUUAUGCCCAUAUUUGAAGGUCGCCUUGGGUCUGACUGGCAGACAGAGCUCCAGUCCCUAGAGGCCCUGCCAUUUCCACGCAGGCAUUGGGGACCAGGCCAGGAAGAAGAUCAGCGUGCUCUGGGGUGGGGGGAGAAAUCACAAUGCGACUUCUCUUCCUCAGCAGCCUGCCUUCUCCCUCCUAGAGGACAGGGGUCAGCCAGUGAGUUGCCAUGGUUACAACUGGUGUCUUCGAGACAUACCUCCUUUAGGGUUCUGGGAAGAGGAUUGCACAACUCAGGAUGGGCUGGGUGUCUUAUUUGAGGUUUUUAAAAGUUA